AGAACCCGAAGUGUCGCCGCCGCAUAGCCCGGUCCCCACCCCCACCCCUUCGGUGAGUCACAUUUGCCGGAGAGACUGACAUUGGGAGUCCAUGUAAGGGUUAAAGGAAGCGAGAGAACGAGAGCGCUGGAUAGAGACCCACCCCCUUCCAUCACUUCCCUCUCCCCUACUCGUCUUGGGUGGUCCCUCCAGACGGUGCGCUUUGGAGAGGUAGAGCGCGCAGGGCGAGGGGAAUCCGCUUCUUCUUUAGGCUUCUGAGCACCUCAGGAAGGAUUCAAGAGCCUGAUCCUGCAAUCCUAUCAAGGAUGGAAGGAGGAAGGUGGACGGUUGACCUGGUCCGACUGUCUCCUGCAUCCCUCCCCACAACUUCUGGGUAUUUUCUCCCAGGACCCUCAGAGAGAUCUGCAGGUGGAGAUGACGGACAGAACUCUGCAGAACCACCUGUAAUUUCACCGGUAAUAACAACAAAACUGUUGGAAUGUGCAAGGAGCUUUAUGGAUACUGGAAAACUUAGAAAUCAUCUACAAACUCACACAAGGGGGAAACGAUAUGAAUGUAUGGAGAGCUUAAGUCAUAGAGAAAAGCUUAGAAUUCACAAACGAACUCACAAAGGGGGAAAACCAUUUAAAUGCAUGGAGUGUGGAAAGAGCUUCAAUGAUAGUAGAAACCUAAAGGUACAUCAACGAACUCACACAGGGGAGAAACCCUAUAAAUGUUUGGAGUGUGGAAACAGCUUCAGGCAAAAAGGUGCCCUUCGAAGUCAUCAACGCACUCACACAGGGGAGAAACCCUAUAAAUGUUUGGAGUGUGGAAACAGCUUCCGUAAAAAGGGUACCCUUCAAAGUCAUCAACGAACUCACACAGGGGAGAAACCCUAUCAAUGCUUGGAGUGUGGAGACAGCUUCAGGCAAAAGGGUGCCCUUCAAAGUCAUCAACGAACUCACACAGGGGAGAAACCCUAUCAAUGUUUGGAGUGUGGAAACAGCUUCAGGCAAAAGAGUGCCCUUAAAAGUCAUCAACGAACUCACACAGGGGAGAAACCCUAUCAGUGUUUGGAGUGUGGAAAUAGCUUCAGGCAAAAGGGUGUCCUUCAAAGACACCAACAAACUCACACAGGAGAAAAGCCAUUUAAAUGUAUGGAGUGUGGAAAGAACUUCACUAAUAGGGGAUACCUCAGAAUACAUGUGGUAACUCACAGAGGGGGAAGACCAUAUAAAUGUAUGGAGUGUGGAAAGAGCUUCAUUCAAAGCAGUAGCCUUCGAAGUCAUCGAGUAACUCACACAGGAGAAAAGCCAUUUAAAUGUAUAGAGUGUGGAAAGAGCUUUGGUCUGAGUAAUGCCCUUAGAAGACACCAACGAAUUCACACAGGAGAAAAACCAUUUGAAUGUAUACAGUGUGGAAAGAGCUUCACUGAUAGGCAAAAAUUAAGAAGACAUCAACAGACUCACACAGGAGAAAAGCUGUUUAAAUGUAUUGUGUGUGGAAACAGCUAUACCCAGAAUGCAUACCUUAAAAUACAUCAACGAACACACACAGGGGAAAGACCAUAUAAAUGCAUGGAGUGUGGAAAGUGUUUCCAUGAAAAGAGAGGCCUUGAAAAACAUAAACGAAUUCAUAUAGGAGAAAAAUCAUAUAAAUGUAUGGAGUGUGGAAGGAGUUUCAGUCGCGGCUCACAACUUGCUUUGCAUCAUCAAACACAUUCAGGAGAAAAACCAUAUAAAAGUAUAGAGUGUGGAAAGACUUUCAGUACGGGUUCAGCACUUAAUAUUCACCAUCGAAUCCACACAGGAGAAAAACCAUAUAAAUGUAUGGAGUGUGGAAGGAGUUUCAGUACGGGUUCAGCACUUAAUAUUCACCAUCGAAUCCACACAGGAGAAAAACCAUAUAAAUGUAUAGAAUGUGGAAAGACCUUCAGAAGAAGCAAUACCCUUAGAUUACACCAACGAACUCACACAGGGGAGAAACCAUUUAAAUGUAUGGAGUGUGGAAAGACCUUCAGUCGUAAAGAUAAGCUUUCAUCGCAUCAACAGACUCAUACAAGGUGAAGACCAUUCCAAUGUAUUGAGUGUGAAAAGACCUAUAGUUGCAAUGAUAUCGUUAGAUACAUCAACAAACUCACACAAUGGAAAAACCAGUAUAUUGAACGGUGUGGAAAGUGUGUGUGUGUGUGUGUGUGUGUGUGUGUGUAUGUAUGGUUUUUCAUAUCAGAUAUCUUCCCUCCUCCCCUUUGUUGGUCCUAUUGU